AUGGCGGCGGUGGCGGCGUCCGCAGGCCGGCUGCUGCGGCUCCGCGCGGCCGGGGCCGAGGGACCCUGGCGUCGGCUGCGUGGCGCGGGGCUGCCGCGGGGCUUCCUGCAGUCCGCCUCGGCCUACGGGGCUGCGGCCCAGAGGCGUCAGGUGGCUCACUUCACUUUCCAGCCUGACCGGGAGCCCGUGGAAUACGGGCAAACUCAGAAAAUGAAUCUCUUCCAGGCAGUAACAAGCGCCUUAGAUAACUCAUUGGCCAAAGAUCCUACGGCAGUAAUAUUUGGUGAAGACGUUGCCUUUGGUGGAGUCUUUAGGUGUACUGUUGGCUUGCGAGACAAGUAUGGUAAAGAUAGAGUUUUUAAUACCCCACUGUGUGAACAAGGAAUCGUUGGAUUUGGAAUUGGAAUUGCAGUCACUGGUGCUACCGCCAUUGCAGAAAUUCAGUUUGCGGAUUAUAUUUUCCCUGCUUUUGAUCAGAUUGUUAAUGAAGCUGCCAAGUAUCGCUACCGGUCUGGGGACCUUUUUAAUUGUGGUAGCCUCACCAUCCGGUCCCCUUGGGGCUGUGUGGGCCAUGGGGCUCUCUAUCAUUCCCAGAGUCCUGAAGCUUUCUUUGCCCACUGCCCAGGAAUCAAGGUGGUUGUACCCAGAAGCCCUUUCCAGGCCAAGGGACUUCUUUUAUCAUGCAUAGAGGAUAAAAAUCCUUGUAUAUUUUUUGAACCUAAAAUACUUUACAGGGCAGCAGUGGAGCAGGUUCCUGUAGAGCCAUACAACAUCCCCCUUUCCCAAGCUGAAGUCAUCCAAGAAGGGAGUGAUGUUACUCUAGUUGCCUGGGGUACUCAGGUUCACGUGAUCCGAGAGGUGGCUGCCAUGGCUCAAGAGAAGCUUGGCGUGUCUUGUGAGGUCAUCGAUCUGAGGACUAUACUACCUUGGGAUGUGGAUACAGUUUGCAAGUCUGUGAUCAAAACAGGGCGACUGCUAGUAAGUCACGAGGCUCCUUUGACGGGCGGCUUUGCCUCCGAGAUCAGCUCAACGGUUCAGGAAGAAUGUUUCCUGAACCUGGAAGCUCCUAUAUCAAGGGUGUGUGGGUACGACACACCGUUCCCUCACAUUUUUGAACCGUUCUACAUUCCAGACAAGUGGAAGUGCUAUGAUGCCCUUCGAAAAAUGAUCAACUAUUGA